CUACAAUCCAAUAUUUCGUUAUAUAUAUUUUUAAAGUGCUCAAUUUUUCUUUGUUAAUAUUAAUAGCAUGUUCAAACCACCAGUCCAUCGCGGCAUGAAGGAGCUUGACCGCGCGGCGUUCAGCCUGACGGUCCCAGUGGUGGCGAUCCGUGUCCCAACAAAGACAGUCGGGCAGAUCAAGGCUGAGCUAGCAAACGACGUGUUCAAGGUGAACAAGAUGCGCAACGUGGUCAAUGACGAGUCAAACAAGGAUCACAAGCUUGUUCUUCUAAAGCCCGAGAUCAACGACACGAGCCUGAAUGGAGGUAGCGCCGAGCUCCACGGUUUGAUGAAGGAAAACGGGUGGCAGGCACUCACACACAACGUCACGCUGAACUACGAGCACUGGAGCGCGGACGAGAUCCUCAAGGCCGUUCUCCCCGACUCCAGCGAGGCGCCGACAUCCUACGAGCAGAUUGGACAUAUUGCGCACAUGAACUUGCGCGAUCAGUACCUCGAGUACAAGACACUGAUUGGGCAGGUGAUCCUGGACAAGUCACCCACGGUGACCAUGGUGGUGAACAAGCUGGACACCAUCGACAACACGUUCCGCAACUUUAAGAUGGAGGUUCUUGCCGGCAAGGAAGACUUUGUUGCGCAGGUCCGCGAGAACGACUGUGUGUUCAAAUUCGAUUACUCCAAGGUAUACUGGAACUCGCGCCUGCACUCGGAGCACGAGCGGCUGAUCAAAAAGUUUGGGCCUGGAAGCAGUAUCUGCGAUGUCAUGGCCGGAGUUGGGCCGUUCGCUGUUCCGGCAGCCAAGCGCGGGUGCCUCGUUUGGGCCAACGAUCUAAAUCCAGCAUCGUAUGCGGCAAUGCAGGAGAACAUUGCGCUCAACAAGGUGCAGGACCGUGUACAGGCCUUCAACAUGGACGGUCGCGAUUUUAUCCGCCAGGCUUUUGUCGACUUUUACGCAAAGACCAAGGCCGGGCCACUCACCCUUGCGCCGCCGCCCAGGACCAACGCCAGCAGGUCUAAGCCUCUGGCGCUCCAGCCGCCUAUCCCCAUCCCUUCGCGGUCUUUUGACCAUGUCGUGAUGAACCUGCCGGCUAUUGCUAUCGAGUUCCUCGAUGCCUUCCGCGGCCUGUUUGCUGGCUUUGAUGGAAAGCCCAACAUGCCUCUGAUUCACGCCCACUGCUUUACAAAGUCCGACGAGCCGGAGAAGGACAUUCUGCAGCGCGCCUGCCGCGCCCUGGCGUACCCUGAGGAUAACUACAAGGACCUGGAGGCUGACGUGUUCUAUGUGCGCCGCGUGGCCCCCAACAAGGAUAUGUACUGUCUCUCUGUCAGGCUCCCAGAGUGCGUGGCAUACGGAACUGUGGAGGCGGAAACCGGCUGCAAGCGCAAGCAGCAGGAAGAGGAGCAGGACAAGGAGCCCGAGUCCAAAGCAGUCAAAACAGCGGAUUGAAUAGAGUAAUUUUUUUUAGUUAUUUGGACAUCCAUAUAUUGAAGAAUAAAA